AUGGACCGGGGCGAGGACGGCGGGGACAGCGGGGCCGAGGAGGAGCAGGAGUCCUCGUCCCCCACUCCCUCGGGGCUCACCUGCAGGAAGCCACGAGGCGCGGUCUCAGGCGGUUCCAGACCCCUCCUCCUCUCCCCAUCCCACAGGCCCGCGGGGGCUCCCUCACCGCCUCCCCUCCCUUCCCCCAAGCCACCCCCAGCUCCUGAGGUCCCGCUCCUCGCCCUCCCCGGGGUCCAAGCUCCCACGGCGCAGUCGCCGGGGCUGCAGACCCCGGACCUCAAAGUCCUGGGGAGCCUGGCGGCUCUGCCCAGCCCGCCCCAGAUCCCUUCCCCUCCACCGGCUCCUCGAGGGGCCAGGUGA